AUGCUUCCAUUAUAUUUAUUGACCAAUGCAAAGGGUCAAACAAUGCAUGUUGAACUAAAAAAUGGAGAAACUGUGGAAGGUACGCUAUCUGAUGUAGACAAUUGGAUGAACUUGACACUUUCCAAUGUCACUCAUGUAGCUAGUGGAGAGACUUUGAAAUUACCAAGCUUCUAUUUGAAAGGUUCUUUCAUCAAGUAUGUUAAUUUGCAAGAUGAUAUCAUAGACAAGGUAAAACAACAAUGGGGUCAAAACAGAGGCGGUAAAGACGAUAGAAGAAGAAAUAACAACUACAAUAAUAACAAUAAUUAUUAUCAGAAUAGGGAUGGUAACAGAAGAGGUGGUAGAAGAAACUAUCAAAACUCAGGUAACAGAAGGGAUUACAACAACAACAAUAAUAAUAAUAAUAAUAAUAAUAACAAUACUCACAGCCAUAACAAUGCAGGAUCUCGUCGUUAUAAUAUUCAAAAUAGAUCACAAUACGAUGCAUCAUCCAAUCCACAGCUUUCGUAUUCGCAGGCGUCAAACAAUAGUAAUCAAACUCCACAAUUUUGA